AGUGGAGCCUUUCUUAAUGAAGCAAUGAAUGGUUUCAUAGCAGUACAUUGUGGUGCAGGAUAUCAUAGUGAUUUAUUGAAGAAGGAGUACCAGAAGACUUGCUAUGCCGCUUGUAGAAAAGCUGUAGAAGCACUGCAAGCUGGCGGAAAUGCAGUUGAUGCUGUUGAAAAAGCAGUAAUAGAAUUAGAAAAUAGCUCGCUGACAAAUGCUGGCUAUGGUUCAAACUUAAGUUGGGAAGGCUCAGUGGAAUGUGAUGCUUCCAUAAUGAAUGGUCAGACAUUGCACUUUGGUGCUUGUGGUGCUGUCUCAAAUGUUUGGAACCCCAUCACUUUGGCGAAACAUUUAUGUCUUAGACAAUGUGAAAGCUUGUCUUUAGGAAGAGUACCACCAUGUAUUCUCACAGGACAAGGAGCCAAGACAUGGGCAGAAAGGAUGGGAUUGGAAAUUGUGGACAAUAAAAAGAUGAUAUCAGCACGAGCUUUCCGAAACUAUAAACACUGUAAGCGGAAAUUAAAAAAAUAUUCUUUACAAAAUGACAUAAAGUUCAGCCCUCUAGAUACUGUAGGAGCAAUUUGUGUGGAUUCUAAUGGAAUUGUUGCCGCUGGGGCAAGCUCAGGGGGUGUGUCAUUGAAGCAUGAAGGUAGAGUUGGCCAAGCUGCUUCUUUUGGUAGUGGUGUAUGGGCUAUGAUGAGCCGAGAUGGCAUGCAGCCUUCUGUAGCUGCUUGCACUUCUGGCUGUGGAGAACAUCUGAUAAGGACACAAUUAGCAAAGAACACAGCAGAAAGUCUUCUGGGACCUUCUCCAGUCAUAGGCCUAGACAAAUGUUUGAAGGAAAACUUUUUGGAGUCACCAUUUUUAUGGGAUGUUCCGGAAAGAUUUGGUGGAUCUUUAGCAUUAACAUUUAACCCUCAAGUAGGAGAAGGUGAAUUGUUAUGGGGACAUACUACAAAAACAAUGUGCAUAGGAUAUAUGUCCACAGAAUCUAGUAAGCCAAAGUGUGUAAUUUCCUAUCUACCCCCAAAAGUGGAGUCAGGACACAAGGCUGUUGUUUCGGGAGUUCCUUUCAAAGUUACCUUGCAACCAAACCCAGUACUGCAAUGGGAAAUCAAGACUGAUGUCAAUUUAAAUGGAUCUCAUUAAUUUUAGUAUAAUUAGAAAGUAUUGAUUUUGCUUGGAAAAUUAAAUGGACAGUAUUUUUUUAAAUUGUA